AUGGGUUAUAGAUCUUCAAGGUAUAAUAGAACAUCGUGUAUAUACGUUGGAAAUUUACCAGGAAAUGUUCUGGAAGACGAAGUCUAUGAUUUAUUUGGAAAGUUUGGACGUAUAAAAUACAUUGAUAUAAAAUUAACAAGAGGAUCAAGUUCUACAGCAUAUGCGUUUGUUCAUUAUUAUGACAUAAAAGAUGCAGAAUAUGCAAUAGAAAGAAGAGAUGGAUAUAAAUUUGAUGGGGAACGCUUACGUGUUGAAUUUUCUGGAGAAAAUAAAAGCUUUGGAAAAUAUCGAAGAAAAGAAGAUGGAAUUGGCCCACCUUUAAGAACAGAGCAUCGAAUUAUUGUUAGCAAUUUACCAGAUAAUUGCAAAUGGCAACAUUUAAAAGAUAUAAUGAGGCAAUGUGGUGAUGUGGGAUAUGCCAAUAUUGAACAUGGUAAAGGUAUCGUGGAAUUUGUUGACCGCGAUGGAAUGCUAUAUGCAAUUGAAAAAUUUGAUCGUGCAGAAUUUAAAGUUCAUGAUCAGGUUACAAAUAUUAAAGUUAGAAGAGAUAAAAGGAGUUUAUCUUACAUAAAAAAACAUAGAAGUGAUUAUUAUAGUCCACGACAUAAAAAAAAGCGAAUAUAUAGUGAUGAAUCUGAAUCAAAUACAUCGCGACGACGCAGUAAAUAUAGUAGCUCGUCAAGCAAAGGACAUAACAAAUAUGAGACAGAUAGUGAUACUUCAUAUGAUAAAAAGGAGAAAAAAAGAGAUGGACAUAAAAACAAAAGAAGCUAUUCUUCUGACGGGAAAAGAGAUAAUAAAUAUAGUAGAAGUGAAUCGAGCAAUUCAUUAAGUGAUGAUAGAACUUAUAAAAAGAAAAAAAUUAACUAUAGUACUUCAAGGGAUAGAUCAAGCAAAGGCUCCAGAUAUCAUUCAGAAAAGGGAAGUAGAGAAAGUAAGAGUCAUAGUAAAAGUGUAAGUGAAUACAAAAGUAGAAGUGGAGAAAAAAGUAGAAGCGGAGAAAAAAAUAGAAGUGAAGAAAAAAGCAGGAGCGAAGAAAAAAGUAGAAGCGAAGAAAAAAGUAGAAGUGGAGAAAAAAGUAGAAGCAUUAGUGAAGAUAUUAGCAAUAAUGAAAAACAAAACGCAGGAAAAAACGUGAAAAGAGAAAAUAUUUUAAUCGAUGAAAAAGAAGAAAAAGAAGAAAGACAAGGCCGUAGUGGAUCUGAAAAGUCAGGACAUAAUAGCAUAGCUUCGGAAGUAAAGAGAGAUGAUAACGAGGAUAAAAAUGAUGAAGUGAAUGAAUCUAAAAAAAAUGAGAAAUCUCCUGCCAUUCCGAGAGGAAGGAAAACGGCUACUAAAAGGAAACCAAAAGCUGAAAAGACAAAAAAAGGAAAAAAGGAAAAUAAAAGUGAAAAUGAAGAUUUGAAAAGUGUUUCAAAUGAUGGUAAUAAAAGUGAUGCAAAUAAAUCAGAUAAGGGGAAUAAUAACGACACCUCAGUGAACCAAACUGAAGAAACAAAACCCAAAAGAGGUAGAAGAACUAAAAAGAAAGCAAAUACUGAAGGAAAUUAA